AUGCUGGCAUUGGACUUUGGCAAUCAGAAACUAUCAGCUGGUCAGAUCCAGUCUAUUUACCCCUUUCCGUUGCUAGAUGAUUUAUCCGCUGAACAAUCUGAUAUCGAUAACGAUAUCCAGAUUCUACUAGAUUGGUUGCAACCGGUUAUACCACAGUACAUGGCAGUGGCACAGGCACAAGAUGUUCCCCUUGCAAAGCCCAGACAUCUACGCCAGACGCGAAGUAGCACGCAGCAGCCCAAAUUUGAAACCAUCGACCCCAAGUUUUCCCUUUCAAAGUAUAAGGAGCCGUCACAUCGAAUCAAACUGGCCAUCAAAAGCUGCUUAAAGAAUGAAGAAGACCACCUCAAGCUCAUGAAUGUCUACAUCAACUCCGUCAACGCUCAACUCCACCAAUACCACAAGCCCAUGGAGAAGGAGUUUACCUUUAUCGAUUUCAUCAACUUUAUCAAACUAUUGAACCAUCACUACGAAAGUCAAAUCGACCACUUAAACUUGCCCUCCACCGUGCGCAGAUUGUUCAAUAACCGAUUCCAUAUAAGUUUGACCUCCUACUUGUUUGAGAAAACGGACUUUGUCGCUCACCUCACUCAAUUUUUCCAAAGUAAUCUUUUCUUCAAAAGCACGCUUUCCAAGCCCAUCUCGCCCACAAUGACCCUCAACAUAAUCGAUAUCAUCUCCACGUUGGUGACAAUUGGCAUGUCGGACAAGUUGAAUGAGAUUGUGGUGGAGCUUUCCAUCAGCAGGAUCAAGGACUUCACUAUCCAGCUAAGCAGUGGUAUCUGGAACCGACCGCUAUUGGAGGCAAUCAACUCCUUUAUCCAAAAUGAAAUUUAUCCAAAUUUCUCCAUCGUUGUUAGCUACACCACGGAGUCAAACUUGACCGAUACCAUGAACCACAUCUACUUGUACGAAUUGAUGAAACUUGCCCACGGUGAGUUGAUUUCACAACGAGUCCAAGAAAUCUAUUUCUUGGUCCUGGCCUACCCCAAUAGUGAAAUCGCACUAAAAGAGCUUCACACCUGUUUGCUGAAGUUUAAACUCGACCAAAACAGCCUAAAGUCGAAUUCUUCUUCUUCUACCACCACUACUACUGCUUCGUCUUUUCUACCCUUUUACAACUACUAUUCUCCAGAGUCGCAAAAUGAACAGCGGGGCCAGCUCGUGGACCAUUUCAUUGACGAGUGCCGCAAGCAUUUGCUACAUGCUGGGGUCAACACGGUUGAUGUCAUGAUCACUUACACCCGCACCAUAAAGUCGUUCCUCUUGAUUGAUCCCAAAGGCGUGUUGCUCGACAAAGUAGUGAGGCCAAUAAGAAACUAUUUGAAACUGAGAAGUGACAUUUUCACUAAACUAGUCCAUGGUUUGCUAGAUACUAGCGAGGAUAAUAAACUACGCGAUUUGGCAGAGCAAUUGUACAAUUCCAAAAAGAAGGACUCCUCCUCCUCCUCCACUCACGCCAAAAAGAAAAUGUACGUCAAUAAAAACGCCAACGAGGAUUGUCAUGAUUUAAACUGGACCCCCGAUCCCAUAGACGCGUUACCGGAUUUCAAAAAGGAAAAAGUCACCGAUAUCAUCGAAUCCUUGAUUUCCAUUUUCGACUCCAAGGAAAUCUUCAUUCAAGAGUUUACCAAUCUAUUUGCAAGUCAAAUGAUUGACGCUCGCGAUUUUGACGUGAGCGAUGUUGAAGCCAAAUUGAAUCUCUUGAAGCUGCGAUUUGGCAAGAACAGUUUCACGACUCUCGAUGUCAUGAUUAAAGAUUUCAAAGUCAGCAGAGAAAUAAAUGGAGCUGCCGCUAUACAAUUUGGCAUAUUGUCGCAUCUAUACUGGUCCAGCGUCCUUGAUGGCAACACGGAAAACAAUAACGACUUUAAAUGGCCCAAACUUAUGGAUGACAUAUUCAAGCGCUUCCAGGAUAAAAACUCUAUGGAGAAACCGGGAAGAACAUUGAAACUUGUUCCAAGUUUAGGCAGAGUCACUAUACGAUUAGAGUUGAAGAGCGGAAACAGGGAAUUUCAAGUGAGCCCCGAGAAAGCGGCAAUCAUUUCCAUGUUUAAUGAGGAAGAUAACGAGUUGUCAGUAGAGUACAUAUCCACGAUGCUCAAGAUGCCAUCGUAUAUGGUCAACGAAGGUUUGAAAUAUUGGGUCAAGGAAGGAAUAUUGUUGGCGUUAACGCCAACGCUAUUUAUUGUUGACGACGACGAUGAUGAUACAUUUUAG